AAAAGGGGUGGGGAAGAGGCGAGUGCACAUACGCAUCAAUUUGUACAGUUCAGUUUUUUCCACGCCACUACCAAGAAGAUUUCAGCCGCAUUGUUGCUACUGCCUGGGUGCUGCUGCUGCUUCUUUUUGUGUGUGUGCAACAUGAGGCGGCGAGCGUUACGAGAAAAGGCAACAAAAAGGAGGGCGAGAAAAGAAAAAGGGGGAGCGAGAGCAGCAGCAGCAGCACACAUUGCUGGAUAUUAAAGUGAGUAAGCAGCCGCAGAAGUAACCCAUUCAGUCCAUGCAAUGGCUCGUGCUGUAAAAUGGACGCUAUAAAGGAGAAAUCAUGAAAACACGGACGCACAAAGAAUCGAUGCCCAUGCGCAGCGGGCGGCGGCGGGGGGCAAGUGAGGAGAGAAGGGGUCGACGCCCGCACGCCAGCCCUACUCGCCCUGAACGCAAUGACAGACAGACGCCAAGAGGUGGCGGUGAGGAACUGGCUGGGAAUCGCUUCAGUCGCAGAUCACAAGGCCAUGAUUCAUCAGAAAGUGAGGGGGAGGAACUUGUCUCUCCUGCAAAAAGGCAGAAAGUUCAGGAUUCAGCAGCCACCCCGAACCCUCCAACAUCAACACACACCGCUGACAGCUUGGCUCCCUCUACAGUCCCAGCUCCCACCUCAGUGGCCAGCCAAUCCCGUGAGAGUGACAAUGAGGAUGGCCAAUCCCAGGGCAGCAGGAGUUCAGUUGUGGGGAGCCUGGCGAAUAGCAGCAGCAGCUUGAGCAGCGGGCGGGACAUCGACCAGGACAAUCGUUCCUCAUCCCCGAGUCUCUCCGCUUCCCCCCUGGGUAGCCUCGACUCUGACUCUGAAGGCCCAGACUCACCAAAGCAAGGAGAGAAGGAACGGGAGAAAAGCAAAGAUGGAGGAGCAGGAAGCGGGUCCGUAGAGGACAGAAGGGCACUACGGGAGCUGAGAGGGGAUGAUCCCUGUGGAGACGAACAAAAGACGGAUACAGAUGCACGAAUUGAAGACUGUGCACUUAAGCCUAUCCAUCCUUGCUCCUCCUCUGGUCUCAGUUCUUCGGUCCGUGUCGCUGGGGAUUCUUCAAAUGAUAGCACUGGUGGGAGGAAGUCGUAUUUCUCCCUGGACUCCAAACUAAUGUGUAAAGUGGAGUAUGGUGGACCAACAGGCACUGAUGCGGUGCCUAGUGGCAAUAGAAUGAAUUCCAAAGCCAACACACAAUGUGUGACAAAGACAUCUGCCGCGGGUGGAGAUUUUUCUCAUAACAACCCCGGUAUUCCCCACUCCUUGCCUGCGCCUCUUCCUCCUCCACCUGCUCUAAAACCACUGGAGCUCGGGGGACAAAAUCUUCCUGCUGAGGUUAAAAUAGAAAGAGACAAAAUGGAAAAGGCAGAUAAGCACCUCGACAAAGCCCAGUCCACGCCUCCUUCUCUGUUGCAGACGGGGCCCCAGCCACAAUCCCAAUCACAAACCCAAACCAAUACCCACCCCCAUCAUUACAGCUCCCCCAGCUGGCAGGGUGGCACAGCAACCGGUUGCCAGGGGAGUUGGGGCUACACCCGUUACCCUGGCAACCAUCACCCUCAUCAGCAUCAGCCCCCGGUGCAGCAACAACAACUUCCUUCUGUUUAUAACCCGCCUUCCUCUCGACACUCCUCCUCUCACUCCUCUUAUCUUUCCCAUCCACACCCUCAUCCCCACAGGGAGUACCUUCCCAGGUAUGCCGGAGGGGGAGGGGACAGAGAGAGGGGGGCUGCAGGAGAUAGGGAGAGGGGAGCGAGGGGUGAGUGUGUAGGGAGGGAACUCAACAGGGACUUCUCCGCUCCCAUCGGUAACAACAGCAACACAAGUGGUGCGGGUAAUAGUAGCGGCCCAACUAGCAUCCAAGGCAGGGAAUUUUCAGGUCUGUCUGUGGGUCAGAACCGGGAGUUUCAAGGCUCUGGAAGAGAUGGACCUUCUAGCAUUGGUCCUGAUAGAAAAGACUUUGUUCCAGCUUACCAUGACAGAGAGCAAGACAGGGAACGUGAUGCAGGAAGAGAGUUUUCCAUACCAAACCAAAACCAGAGUAGAGACUUUGGCCCCAAUGGAGCUGGAGGGGGGCAUCCCAGAGACAAAGACAGAGGCAGAUGGGGUGACUUUGGAGGUCAAACAAGAGAAGUUGGAGGAAACUGUAACCAAAACAACAACUCCAUCUCUCAAGGAAACCAUCCAAGUUCAAAUAGUGGACUGCCUGUAAACCCCAUGCUAAGCAGAGACCCACCUGCAUCACCCCAAAACAACAAUAACCACCCUUCUCAUUCUUCCCUGCCCCCACACCCGCAUCCCACAAACUUGGCCAGUCGGGAGUUUCCUCUUCCCAUUGACCAGGCACAAACCCCUUCCUCUGCCACUGACCCUUUUCACAGAGAAUAUCCUCCCAAUAGCGGGAAAGAUUUCAAUGCAGGUGCACCUCCCUCCGCUGGAACAAAUAGAGAUUAUCUCAGCCCACCUGGGGUUACUUCUAAUCUAGUAAGAGAGUUUUCAGGGCCUGGUGGAAUCCAAAAUCCUCACCCUUCUCAUCCCCACUACCAGUCUGGGCCCAGAGACAGAGAGAGGGAGUCAAACCUGCGAGAGCCUGCACUGUACCAAAACCGUGGAGGUCCAAAUCAACCUCCUGCGCUCUCUCCAUCCUCCACGACCAGUCACGGGCACCCUUCAAAUGCUCCCUAUCCCCCUCCACCACAUCAACCUCCUUUACCCCCAUCCCAAUCUUCUCAUGCCCAGCAACUCCCACCAGGUAUGGCACCCAAUGUUCGCCCCGCACUCUACCAGUCAUCUGCCCAAACUCCUCCAACACAUGUAUCUCCACUACCCAGCCCAUCCACUAAUCAGAUAGCAGGCUUCUCGUCAUUUCCUCCUGGAUCCGCCUCUGCACCAAGCAUGCCACUUCCUGGGCCUGGCGGUUCAUCCAGCUGUUCACCCGGAUGCCGCCCUGCCCCUUUACACGGCACCUUGAACAGUCACCAAAGCUUCAGUGGAACAUACCACUCCAAUGGAAGCAGUGGCAAUAGCCUGAUUAACAGCAAUAGCAACAGUGGCACGCCCACUAACAGCAAUACCAACUCCCAAUCACCUCAGAAUGUCUCUAAGGGCCCUCCACCCCUCACCAACAGCGUUACAACACCUGUCCCCAGCUUACCACAUCACGGUGGAGACGGCCAUUCAGAUUCAGGCCCACCUCCAACACCUGUCAUUAAAGAGGAGCCGCUAGAAGACAGGGAAGAGAGUGAAAGUCCCCCACCAGUGUUGAGAAGCCCGUCUCCUGAACCUAAGCCUGUGGACAUUCCCAUCCAUGCUAGCCAGUCAGCAAGGUUUCACAAAGUCCUUGACCGUGGUAUCGGCAACUCCUGUGCCCGUAGCGAUGUCGUCUUUGUUCCAUUGGACGGGUCCAAAUUGUGGAAAAAGAGGAAUGAGAUGAUAGAAAGAGCUCGGAGGGAGGUUGAGCAACGGGCCAGAGACAUAAGAGAAAAAGAGAGAGAACGAGAAAGGGAGCGGGAGCGGGAGAGGGAGCUGGAUCGCCAUCUACAGCAACAAAAAGAUGCCAAUGCCAACGCAGCGGCUCGCCAGGGAUCUUCCCUCUUCUUCCCCUCUUCGUCCUCCAUCAUCCUUGAUCCUUCAUCAUCUUCCUCCUGUCCGGGCAACCCGGCCGCCCACCAUGCACAUCACAUGCAGCAUCAUCACUCACAUCCACAUGCUCACCUUCCUCCGACACACCACCUGCAUCCCAGCCUCUCUCACGGUAUACCCCACUCUCUUCUACUUCCAUCCAUGGCUGGAGCAUCAGCAGUAGUUGGGGGCCAUCAGGGUGCUCUGGGAAUUGGUAUAGGAGGUCCUUAUCUUGGUCCUGAUACCCCAGCUCUAAGAACCCUUAGUGAGUAUGCUCGCCCUCAUGCGAUGUCUCCCCUCGGGGCUGCAAGUCGGGCCCAAGCACACCACCCUCAAAUUCAUCACGGUCAUCCUCACGUGCAUCCCUCAUUCUUUCUCCCCCAAUUCCAAAAUCAUGCAAUAGGCCAUCCACAUCACCUACCUACUGAUGCUGCAACAGCUGCAGCCAUCUUAGGCUUACUGUAUGGUGGCAGCCUGGAAGGCGGCCCAGGUAUUGGGGGCCACCCUGGGGUAAGUGGGGCACCAGUACCUGGAGGAAUUGGGUCUUCAGGGUUAGGAGGAGUUGGGUUUCCUCACGCAGUCACUGCUCAUCGGGAUCGCAUGAAGCCGGGAUUCGAGUUUAAGAGUGAUGAACGGGUCUACCCACCAGGGUCCAUUCAUGAUCCUGCAGCUCUUGCCCUUGCUCACUCUCAUUCCCAUUCACAUGCCAAUGCCCAUACCCAUGCACAUGCACAUGCACAUGCCCACUCCUUACUCCUUGGGGGAGGGGGAGCAGGAACGAAUGAGGUGUCACUCUAUUGCACUCCUCCUCCCCCAGCUCCUACUGGCCCACUACACCUCCAGAACCCAACAUUGGCCCCAGUAACUCGACCUCCAAACCCUCCUGCCCCUCAGUCCCUGUCCAAUCCACCUCCUUCAUCGCACCUACCACCUUCACACCCUUCCACUGCGCCACCACUCGCAGCCCCGCCCCCGGCAGCCCCUGCUCAACCUCCACAAGCUCCCCCUCCUCCACCUGUUCCGCCAACCUCCAACACCACCUCAAUUCAUCAUCCAGUCCCCAAUUCUUCUUUUCCUAGUUCCUUGUCCUCUCAUCAACCGUCAGCCCCAGCCACUUCCUCUGAGUCUUACCCGACUGCUGCUCGGUCACCAGCCUCUUUUGAGCGGGAACGCAGCGGCGAACGAGAGCGGGAGAGGGAGCGGGACAGAGCGGCAUUGCCGGCCUUUGGGGACAGGGAGCGUGAGAGAGAGCGGGAAAGAGAAAGGGGAGGAAGUGGAGGAGGAACAGGAGGAGGCAACACAAAUGGAGGAGGCACAGGUGGAGGAAGUGGAGGAGAAAAUGUGGGUCGUGUCCAGAUGCUGAAUGUCACGCCCCACCAUCACCAGCAUUCCCACAUCCACUCACACCUUCACCUGCACCAACAAGACACAGCGGCGGGCGGGGUUCACCCCCUGAUGGACCCGCUGGCGUCAGGGUCUCCUUUGGCGCGGCUUCCUUACCCCGGAGCGGCAAUAGGCACCCCCAUCCUGGCUCACCCCCUCACUGACAGCGAGGUGCUUCGCCAACAGCUGUUUGGUGAGGAGAAGACUCCUCGUCCAUGUGCUCCUUUCCGGGACAUGCCCCAACCGUCCUCCCUUACUGGUCCAAUGUCGGCAGCCCAUCAGCUCCAGGCCAUGCAGCAGGCCCAGAGUGCAGAGCUGCAGAUCCAGAGACUGGCCCUGGAACAACAGUGGAUUCAUCACCAUCACCACCACUCCCUCACCCAGGACGAGUACUACAGUCACCUGAAGAAAGAGAGUGACAAGACCCUGUGAGGGAGGGGCACAAGGAGGAGUGGCGUGGAGGGGAAAAAAGGAGAACGUGUGCAAACUUUAAACAAAACCAAGCAAGAUAGAAGCACUAAAAACUAUAAAGAGACAAGCACUAAAAACUGUAAAGAGACAAAGACUGAAAACAAAGCUGGACAAAGGAGUUUACACUCCGUCCCUGUGAAGUGCACCAUGUUGAAGUUCCAGACUCCUUUCCUGCAUUGUGUGCUUGAACUUCAAGUCCUGUUUUGUAUUGUGCUUUGUACAGUAUAUGAAUUAGAUGGGGGUGGCAAUAAUGUGAAGGUACAGUAUGUGUAAAAUACUUGAUGCCAGAGGGAAUGUGUACAUGAGUCUUUUUAAUGUCAUUGCAUGUAGCUAUACGAGCUUACUCGGAUCUGGUGGAACUUUUGGUUCUUCAUUUUCGUAAGAAGAAAAAAAACACCCGCAUUUGUACCUAGGGUUCUAUAUGCAUGAGACCAGCCUUUUAAUGUUCUGUUUACAACAGUAUUAUUAUGAUUAUUAUGAUUAUUAUUAUUACUGUUGUCUGUUUGUUGAUAAUGACAUAAUUAUAUAUACGGUACAUAUUA